AGGACCUCGCGCACACCCGCGCGGGCGAGUGGGCGCUGUCGGCCUUCUUCCCGCCCGAGCUGCGGGGCCUCUUCGUCGACUGCCUCGGCGUGCGCGAGGUCGUGAGCAGGGAGACGCUCUUCGAGGGCCACCGCCAGGAGGGGCGGCACCGCCGCGCGCGGGAUGACCGCGCCGCGGCCCCCGCGGCGGGCUUCCACAGGGAGCGGUCGGUCAACGAGAGCGGCCUGCCCGACGACCUCCUCGCGGGCUGCCCGUGGGAGGGCCGCGCAGGCCGCGGCGGCAGGGGCGUGAGCCUGCAGGACGGGG